AUGACGGAGCCAGAUGGGGCCGACCAUACCAAAUACAGUGAUAAUCGUAGCGAAAGCACCGAAAUAGCUUACUCGACAAGACUUCGUGAAAAAGCUUUAGACAAUAAUCUUAAAGUUAAUGUAAAUGUGAGCAAGGACAAUAGGACACUGAAAACCGUGAGUACUAAACUUAAACAAUCAUCAAAAAAUAGUGCCAUAUUCAAAAUAAAUCCAAGCCAAAUUUUUCUUCGGAAAGAAAAUAAGGAGAAAGUUACAUCCCAAAAAGUGGUCAAAAAGAUAGCCCCCACACUACUAAGGACGGCACACGUCCUCCUAAACAGUCUCCUAAACCCGGUAAACCGAGAAUAUGGACAUAAAAAUUCUGUAUUAAAAAGAAGUAUGGAGAGCGUGGAAAAAAGUAUGGAGAACGUGUUGUCCAUACUUUCGCAGCAUGGAGAUAACAAUGAUGAAUUGAUGGAUGAGGACAUCACUUAUGAAGACUUACCGAUGACAAACUCCUCCGAAAAUGACGUUGAUAUCGAUACUCAAAUAAAUAAUAACCAAGAAAAAGCCGUUUUUCAAUUCGAACCUCAAGAGAAUGCUGAUAUCCACAUUGUAAGUAAAGCCAUUGAUGAAGCAAGAAAAGGAAGUUUCGUCCAAAUAAUUGCCGACGACAUCGAUGUACUUGUCUUACUCACGCAAUUUUAUGAAGGACUGGAUAUUGUUUUUACAAAAAUUAACCGAGGUCGAUCCUCAAAUGAAAUAUACGAUGUAAAUAGUUUUAAGUACCCGAAUUUGAAAGAAACUAUUGCAUUUCUUCACGCGUUUAGCGGUUGCGAUACAAAUUGCGCAUUUUAUCAAAAAACAAAAGAUACCAUUUUUAAAUAUGUUGCUGCAGAUGAGGACUUAAUUAACAGAGCUCAGAUCUUUUAUCAACGUAAAAUAAAUAAAGACGAUUUGUGGAAAGUUACCUUAGAUAUUGAUUGGUGUUUAAAUAUAUUGAAUCCAACUGACUGGGGUUGGAAAUCAGUCGAAUAUAAACUCGUCCCAAUUUUUACUUCAAAACCAUUAUUACCUGAUAAAUUUAUAAAAAAGUUUACAUGCAGUUGCAAGAGGGGAUGUACGAAGAAAUGUUUCUGCAAAAAAAUGGGAUUGCGUUGCACCCAAUUCUGCAAAGUAUAUAAAGACAGAGACUGCGAGAAUAGCGAAAACAUGUUGACUAUCCAAGACUUUGAUGAAGACAAAGAUUUUGAAGAGCAAAUAGAAUUACAACUUGAGCCAGAAUUAUUGAUUCAGGAAACUGAAAAUCAUUGGGAUACAAGCGAUUUUUGCGAUUCACAGAUAAGUUUAGAAGUUGAUUGGGCCGAAACAACAACAGAAUUUGACGACGAAGAAGAAAUUUCUCCAUGCAAAUACCAAGACUAG